GUGGUUGGCGGGACGCGCAUAGUGUCAGUGUCGCCUGUGAAAGACGGUGAGAGCGGGACGUUAGAGAGCGCGGAAAAAAAAAGCGGGCAGGCCGGAGGAAGGAAGGACGAAACCGUUGGACAGCUGCGGCCGACUAUCGAAAGCGACGACAGAGCGGGGUAUCGCGUCACGGAACAGGCCGGACACCGAGUCCUUUCUUUACCUUAACAGUCACCUUUCGCCCCCCCUCCCUGGGCGGGGGGCGGCUCCUCCGCCAUGGCCAAAGUACAGGUGCUAAAUGUGGUAGUCCUGGACAACCCCUCUCCUUUCAACAACCCCUUUCAGUUCGAGAUCACCUUCGAGUGUAUUGAGGACCUGCCGGAUGAUCUAGAAUGGAAAAUUAUCUAUGUGGGCUCUGCAGAGAGUGAGGAGCAUGACCAAGUGUUGGACUCUGUUCUGGUGGGACCUGUCCCUGCUGGCCGUCACAUGUUUGUGUUUCAGGCUGAUGCCCCAAAUGCAAGCCUCAUUCCAGAUGCUGAUGCAGUUGGUGUCACUGUGGUGCUGAUUACCUGCACGUACAGAGAUCAAGAGUUUAUUCGUGUGGGAUAUUAUGUGAAUAAUGAAUACACUGACCCUGAAUUAAAAGAGAACCCACCAAUGAAACCUGACUAUGCCAAGCUCCAGCGAAAUAUUUUGGCCUCCAAUCCACGAGUUACCAGGUUCCACAUCAACUGGGAGUGCACUGGAGAAAAAAUGGAAGAUAUUGAGAAUGUUGACCCAAGUUCAAAUGCAAUGCUUCCUCCUACCUGUACACCGCUGAAAGGACUUGGAGCAGGAAGUGCCCUGAGUAUUGUUCCAGAGAACUCUAUGGAUUGCAUGUGAAACCUGCCAGUGAAUAAGGAUGACAGUGGAUGAAAUGUUCUUUUGUAUCAGGGUUUGCUAGCUUUUGGAGUUAAUUCAAUGGAGUAUUUAAGUCAAACUUCAAUACCCCCAGAGGUGGUAUUGUCUACAGGGGUCAGGGAGUGGUAUGGAUUCGAGGCCAUGGUAUUGCCAUUCAUGGCACUGGGCCAGAUACAUUGAUUACAUUCAGCUGGUUGCUUUUGCCCAAAGGGAGCAAUAAUGCUUUUUACUGGUAAAUAUUCUGGGAUUGCAAAGCCAGUUGGUGCCUAUGAGUGUUGAACUACAGAAUGUAUUUGUAGGAGUUUUGUUUAUUGUGUAGUAAGUCCAUAAAUUCUGGGUGGGGGGGGUGGACAAGUCUUGUUUGUGUUGAAUGUGAUGUUUUUCUGUUCAAUGCCUGUUCAAAAAUAACCCCAAGAACUGGUCACUGUCGAAACUUCAGCUGGCUAUGCAGUUAUGGUCAGUAAUUCGUCCCCUAACUUGUAGCCUCAGCAACAAUUUGGGAGCUGUUUUGUGGAGGAACCAGACUCACCAGUCUAACGUACCAUCAAUCCAGCAGUGCUAUCAUAUAACCCAAGCUGGAAGUUUAACACUUUUUGAACCCUGGCUGUCUGGCAUAAUUCAAGUUCAAUGAAAAACUUUUUUGUAACUUUUAAUAUUGUACUUUGUAAAUCGUGAUCCAAACCUACCUGCAUCCAGUACGUGGGAGAGGUCGAUUAAAAAGUUGAAAUCAAUAUAAGCUUUAUAAAGCAACAGCAUUGGUGGUUUUGAAAACUGCAGCCAUUUUUAUAAGUGUUAGCUGUGUAGAAUUGUAUUGUCUUGCUUUGUCUGAAUAAAAGCACUUGUAAAUGC